CUACACCCUAGUCACACCGUCCUAAUCGAGACACACCAAUCAGUCGCUAUACUGCACGAGACUUGUGACCGUUAUGCCCGAAGCGCGCGCGCGCCGCCAGUCGCGUCCUGCGUCGUACCGUGUCGGCGAUGAGUAUUCGUUUCUGGAUGAGGAUGGUGGCACGCAAACACCGAGUGCUCGAGAGCAGCUAGACGACGAUGAGGAUAGCGAUGACUUUAUGCCGGAUGUUGAGGAACCGGAGCCAGAUGAUGAUUUUGACGAGGAUGUAGUGGAGGACGAGGAUGAAGAUGAAGACGCAGACGAUGCCGAUGGUGUUUCUGAAAGAGAUGGAUCCCACAGACGCGCCUCUUCAAUCAUCGAUGUCGAUGAUCUCGUUCCCACCACGCCGAAUGGGAAGCGCACCAAGAAAGGCGCGAAGAGCGAGUUGCCCCGCGUACAGAGAAUCGCGCCUCAGGACCAGGUUAAAACUCCCGUCAGCGUUGUUAAGGGUAAUGGUGUGCUCCCGCGUCCCAUGGGGACUGACAGGGCUUCUUUGCAUGCGCGAGGUGUGGCGGAGUUCAGCAAGAUUGGCGGGCAGGAGCUGCGGCUUAAGGACCUCUUUGGGCCGACGGACAAAGACCUCAGGCCUAUCCUUAUGACGCGGGACCAUUGGGAUGUGCAAGAGACGCUGCCUUAUCGAGAUAAAGGGGGCUUGAAGGGAGGGCUACGGCGAAGCUUCUUUGAGAGCGAGGAGGCGAGAGAAAAGGAUGUCCUGACUCUGAGGAAAUGGUACGCCAGUAACGGGAGAGACGCGUUUGCAAGAGGGCAAAAGAGUAGAACGCUAAAUGCGCAGGAGGCGAAGUCAUACACGAUGAACGACGGGCCGGCAUCGCUGAAUGUGCUCAUGGGUACUAUCAAUGCGCCCCAGCUGCACGCAAUGAAGAAAGGCACCUACAUCAGCACCGCGCAGCCUUACAUGGAUCAGAAGAGCCGACGGGGCUGGGUCCUCAAUCUCGGCUCGCGAGUCCAAGAAGCGCAAUGGGCAUCGAGUGAGGAGGGCAGGACACAGUAUCUCGCCGUCGCCGUGGAACAGAAACAAACAGAAGGCCGUCAACCAAAACCGUACGAAAACCUAAAAGCGCCCGCGUUCUCGGCCACACCAGCUUUCCCGGCUUCCAUCCAGAUCUGGUCUUUCGGAGCUAAUAGGAUUGGCGAGCUUGACCCCUCGGAGCAGCCGCAGCUUGAGCUGGUCAUUUGUACAGAUUGGGGCGCACCGAAGCAGUUCAGGUGGAGUCCGACCAGUACGGUUGAGAAGCCAGGAUAUUCCGAAGAUAGUGAUGAGGUUCAUCUCGGUCUUCUCGCGGGCAUCUGGUCAGACGGGCGGGUCAGAAUACUCGACGUUUCGUACUCUAAGCUCGACGCAACCUCGACAGAGACUCAGUAUGUACAUUACUCACAAGCAGCAUUCGACGUCGACUUCCCACAAACAGUCCCCUCCUGCAUUCACUGGCUUUCCAGCACCUCACUCGCCGUCGCCACCGCAGCAGGCACCCUCGCAAUCUGGACACUGAACCGGGCAGAAACCUUCCCCCCAGCUGGAUCAACCACCUACGUGCCAAAACCCUGGUUCUUCAAGCAAAUCGCCGACACCUACAUCCUAACCCUCGCAUCCGGCCGCCCCUCCCGACCAAACUACAUCUCCAUCACCACGGCGGACGGCUUCGCACGACUGUACGACCUGCGCUCCCCCACCGCCGACACCGUCCCCUCGAUCCGCGGCCGCGGGCUAUGCACAGCACAAGCAUGGCACGAACAAACCCAGUCCUUCACCAUGUCCGACGAGCUCAUCAUGCUCAAGCACAACUCCCUGCGCCGCUUCUACCACAACCUGUACACGAUGCGCGCCGAGAGCACGAUUUCCUGCGUGGCAACGAGCCCCGUGCAUCCCGGCGUGCUGGUCGGGACUGCAGACGGCACUGUCGCGUCGGGGAAUCCGCUGGCAAGGAUUCUGAACUACAAGGAGAUGCCGUGGCAGCAGAAUUGGUUUGCGCAUGAGUGGAGGGGCCCUGUGGAUAGGCUGGUUGUUGAUGCGCCGAGGGAUCCGGAGUUACUGGAUGGUGGGCCGGUGCAGCAAUCUGUGGCUACUCGCGCUGAUGGCGAUGUUGGUGUUGACGUCGUUUCUAGCGACCCUGUGGCAAACGUUUCGGAGACACCGCAGACUGCUGUCUCGCAGUCGGUACUCAAUGAACCUCUGGUUCGCAUCACGGCGGGCUUCAAGGCUAAUCAGCCGGGUAUGCAGGACUCGAUUACAUCUAAGAGGAAGCCGACGGACUUGGAGUGGGGUCGGUAUAUCACUGUCUUCGAGGAGCAGUCUGCUGUCACGACUUUGUCUUGGAAUCCGAAUCUGAAGUUCGGGACGUGGGCGGUUGCGGGGAUGGGCAGUGGGCUGUUGCGCGUGGAGGAUAUUGGGGUUUGAAGAUUCGCGGGGGAUGUUGCGCGGGAGGGUUUGGGCUCUGCUUGAGGCGAUGGCCUCUCAUUGAGAACCUGGUCUGAUGGGGUCAGCAGAUUAGACUCCAGUUCGUGAUAACUAAGGAGUGCCAAAACUCUUUUCGUGCCUCCUUUUGUUGGCAUAGUUCUAUUCGCAUCUGAUAUUCCCUCCAGUACUGACGGAAAGCACUUUUUACCGCAGCCAUACAUGAU